UUCAUAUUUUGCGGGUAGUUUUGAACUUUCAGUUGCACACUUAAACUCGCUUCGUCGACGGACUUUUUUUUAAUUUUUUUAAUAAACUACAUUAACCAUGAGUCUACUCGAGAAAACCGACUGGGUCAAAGGUUACUAGAAAGACUCACAUCAAUGGUGUCUAGGUAACACUCAGGGUAGCAGUAUCAGUUCACUGUCAGUAAAACACUACGGGGACACCACAGCCCCUCACAGAUUUAGAAAUGGCGUCAGAGUGUCCAAGCGUUUCCUUAGACUCUAUGGAGAACCAGAGGGACGGAGGUGGGAGCCUCCUGAAGCCCACUGCCCUGACUGACUCACCGGAUCCGAAUGCUUGGUCUAGAACUGACCGGAGCAAUGACACCCGGAAGGCCGCGGGAGCGUCGGCACAGCAGAACACGGAUGAAUUAAAAGUGUGCCACUUUUUUCGGUUGGGAAAGUGUCACUUCGGAGGCAGAUGUCGUCUUUCACACAGUGACCCAUCACCACAUGAUUCAGCAUUCCCAUCCCCUGACAUGGAUGACAAACAGGAUGGAGAGAAGAUGGAAAAACACAAGAAGAAAAAACCCACUGUGAAUAAAGUAGCAAAGCCCAGAGACAACGAGGGCAAAGCAGAUGUGAACAAAAAGCCCCGUAUGCGAACAGCUGAUGAAGUUAUAUCUCGCAUCCUGUGGGACACGUCAGUGGAUGCUUCAGAGUUUGUGGUGGGCUACGUGGAUCGCUUCCUUGGUGUGCUGGAGCGCCCAUUCUGUGACUUCAAUUGGGACACCAACCCCUGUGAUUGUGACUACUCCACCGAGUUGGCUCUGCCCAGGCACAGGAUCCAGUACUUCGCCUACAGAGGCCACCGCGUCUGGGACCGCCACAGCAGAACUGAUAGGGUUUUUGGUUCCACCGGUCAAUCUCUGGCUCCCCCCUUUGGAAAGGAGGAGGAUGUAAAGGAAGAAAAUGACACAGAAGACCAGGAACAACAACAAGACAUUGGUUCUGAAACAACAGAGGAGCAGACAAGGACUGUCUGUGGUCAGGAUGAGGGUGAAACAGAGGACUGCUCUCAUACCAAAAACAGACAUGUGGAGGAAGACGGGCUGAAUGAGAUGAUUCACACCUUUGCCUCCAAACACUGUGGAGGAAACACUUCUCAGGAACAGCAGGAAUCUCAUGGAUCAUGUGUUGCAGAGGAGGCUGCAAAUAGACUUGAGCCAUCAACUGAGCACAAUUCAUCAUUUCAAGAACACUAUGGAUGUGAGGAUGUGAGAGAGGAAGGAGAGGACAGGCAUUAUGAAAAAUGGGAAGAAACCUUGGAAGGCAAUGAAGACACACAGAAUUCACCUCUGAAGCAGGUAGAAGAGAAGUGUGACGGUCGGCCUCCUAAGAAACAACCGACACACUUCAUCAGCUUCCCGGCGAACACUCCUGCCAUCCUCUCCUGUUUCCAGCAGCUGCAGGAGGAGCUCACCGCCCUCCUUCCUUCUUCUGCUCCUCACUGGCAGACCACCUCCAAGCUCCACGUCACGCUGUGCCUCCUGGUGCUGCGCAGCCCGGCCGAGGUGGCGGCCGCGGCGGAGAUCCUCCGCCAGUUCGCCCAUCUGGACCGCAACCCGCCCGUGGCCGUGACCUUUCCUGUGAAGCUAAAGCAUUUCAACGGCAAGGUGCUUUACCUGAGCCCCCAGCCUCAGCUGCAUCUCCACCAGCUGAACUGCGGCCUGCAGGAGGCCUUCAGGAAGGAGGGCUGGCUCCACAGGAGCUCCUACAACCCACGGUACCACCUUACUCUGGCCAAGGUAGAAUACAGGGAAGGAGAGAGGAUUUUUGAAGGAGUGGGGGACCUGAAGGUGGGGAGGGGUUUGAAUUUUGGCCGGCUACCUGUUAACACCUUACACCUUUGUAGCGUUGGUGGCUCAGAAGUGAAUGGUUUUUAUGAGAUCGUCUGCACAGUGACUCUUCGAUAAUGAAGAAGUAUCUCCCAUCUCUCGCACCACAUCACAUGAAUGAAUGUAAGUUACACCACAUACAUUAAAUAUAUAGUGCUGCAUACUAUGAAGCAGCACGUGGCUUGGUGCAAUGGGCUGUGUUCACAUUUAGAAAAUCCAUUCCUUGUUUUACUUAAAAUAAUCACUUAAGACUAAGGGCUUUUGGCAAUUAUACUAAGCAAACAUAUUUUUUAAUUCAAAUGGAGCAGUUCUCUCGCUUAAAUUAUUCUAUUAUUUAUAUUUUCCUUAAUUUACACAUUUAGAUAUUUUAAUCCUCUGAUGUUCCUUCGUUUAGAGCUCCGUGUCCCUCGGACAUAAGAAAUGUUUUUUUUAAAGACUGCCAAAGACAUAUCACGUAUCAAUAUUUUAAUUAUUUAUUAGCUUCAGUGCUUACCAUUCAUGACCAAUUUUCAUUGUUUUGAAGGUGUUUCAAUAGAUGGAAUUGGAAAAAUAAAUAAAAACUCAAAUCAGAUUGCAAUGGUAGUGUACUGAAAAAACAGUAUUUUGAAUGGGAGUCAAUGGCAUGAAAAACGCUGAAGGGACACAGAUUGUUCUAUUUAGUUUAAAAGGUGUAUUAAAAAAUUGAAGGAAAAAAAAUCCCCCCAAAAGACAAAACAUUUUCUGCAAUUUGCAUAAAUAUAAUCAAAUAUGUAAAAUGGCAAAAAACACAAAUUGUAGAUUUUAUUGACAGUUUAAGAUGGAAUGGUCACGGAAAUUUAAUUUUGUUGAAACAAAAGCGACAGAACUGAACUUUCUGGAGGCAAUGAUGUUCUAUUUAAAUCUUUUAGUUUCUAGAGACCAACAAAAAAUAAACAUUUAAAUUAGAUCUUAAAUCAAUUGUUAGACUUUUGAAGAGUGUGUUCUCAAGUUGGAAACGAUCCCACUAAAGAUUGAAUUGUUGGAAAUUCCCAUCAGGCAGUUAGCACUUAUGAAGCUGCUGGGAUUAGACGUUUCAGCACGUUUGAGUACAUUUGAAAUAAUAACAGGAACAUGAUGCUUUAUUAAACUGUACCAGAAUUAAGCAUUUAAGUUUAUGACUCUUUGUUUUAAUCAUAAUUUUACAGAAUGUCAUUGGCUAAAGGUAAUCAGAUCAAAAAAAUAACAGAAUAUGGUCUCUGCCUACAUUGAAAUUAGCUGUUUGUCAUUUCUUCUGCCUUUUCUGUAGAUGAUGGAUCUAACCUCUUGUUGGGAUGAACUCUGGCCAUUUUUCUACUACUUAUGUAAUUUGUUACAAUGUGAUAAAUAAGUUGUUCCUAAAGGGUUAAACGUUUAUCUUUUUGUUUUCGUUGUAAAGCUAACUAGGAUAGCUCUCUGUGAUUAAUUCGAUCAUGAAUAUUCUAUGGACUGUGUUCCACAAGACUGAUCACUUUGUAUUCUUCUACCAAAUAUUAUGACUGCUGGUUUGCUUUUACAAUUAAACAUUAAAUGGAUGACUUUAA